AUGGCGUGGGGUUACUGGAGCGCAACUUCGGUCAGCGAUCGGGGUCGGUCACCCCGUCGUGAAAAGGAUAAACAACAGCAUCAGAGUUUGCAUCAGCAACAACAACAAUACCACCAGAGCGACACAGGCGUUACGCAGCAGCAGGGGCUGUACGGCGUACAGCAGGUACAAGGCGAGCUGGGUGUGAGCACCUCCUCCUCCGUCUGCGGCGGUCCUAGUACCGGUCCCAGUGCCGCGCUCGAGGAACCACCCUGCAGUAUGAUGAUACAGGGUGGUUCCUUCUAUUCUUAUUCAGCGGCCACGGCCGCCGCUGCUGCCGCCGCCGCCGUUGCUCGCAGAGUGCCUCCUGCCAUCGAGGGACCCUCCACUUCCUCCACGGGCGUUCAAGUAUUAUCCAGGGAUCGUACGAUGAAAACGAGCACCAGCGUUUAUCCGCCUUCUCCUAGCAGCGACUCCGCCGAGUACGAGCAACCGAUCGCCGGGAUCCGCGCCGAGUCCCCCAACAACAGCCCCCACGACGAUAUAUUCGUCCAGGCACGAUCCUCGUCCAGAAUGAAGAUCCUAUGCGACAAGGGGAUCGACGAUACGUCCGACGUCGACGUUGACGAAGUCGUCGCGACGGAGAUCAAGUACGCGACGAGCAAUCGUGCCAUAGGAACUGGUACGUGCCGUGUACACGGACCGUGUAACCCGCCGCUGGAUACCGCAGCCCCCAUGCCCUCUUUGAUAGACGAUACCACCGGAACUCCGCAAUUUUGGUUCAACGACAUCACCUGGGUUUUUCCUAACGUGCCGCCUGCACCAGGGAUGCCAUGUCAGGGAGAAGACAGAAGCAUCUACAGACGCGGCGCACGUAGAUGGAGGAAGCUGUACCGGGUGAAUGGUCAUAUAUUUCAAGCAAAACGUUUCAAUCGGCGAGCGUUUUGCGCCUUCUGUCAGGAUCGAAUUUGGGGAUUAGGAAGACAGGGGUUCAAGUGCAUUCAGUGCAAGUUACUCGUUCACAAGAAAUGUCACAAGGUGGUACGUAUGCCAUGCUUGAAUAUACAGCAACAGCAGCAGCAACAGACCCCGAGCACAGAAUCGCAGACGAUCGACAGAAAUGGUGAUCAGCUGCAGCUCGAUUCCGUUCAAUGUAGCCUGUUAACUCACCCCGAAGAUGAGAUCUCAGAGUCGCCAAUUAUAGAGGAGCAUUCGCGCAAUCGAACCGGGAGCGAAGAAAGGGAGGAACUGCCCUUGGACACGCUAAACGAUGCGGAUAAUUCGAAUGAUAUGCAGAGGCAGUACUCGUUAAAUGAUUUUGAAUUGAUUAGGGUAAUUGGUCGUGGUUCCUACGCGAAGGUAUUGAUGGUGGAACUGAAGCGUACAAAAAGGAUUUACGCUAUGAAAGUGAUCAAGAAAGCUUUGGUGACGGACGACGAGGACAUCGAUUGGGUUCAGACGGAAAAGCACGUGUUCGAGACUGCUUCGAAUCAUCCUUUCCUCGUGGGUCUCCACUCGUGUUUUCAAACGCCUUCUCGUCUAUUCUUCGUGAUCGAGUUCGUACGCGGCGGCGAUCUUAUGUUUCAUAUGCAGAGACAACGCCGACUACCGGAGGAGCAUGCUCGAUUUUAUGCAGCUGAAAUUAGCCUGGCGUUGAACUUUUUACACGAGAAAGGUAUCAUAUACAGAGACUUGAAGUUAGAUAAUGUACUACUCGAUCAUGAAGGGCACGUUAAAUUGACUGAUUACGGAAUGUGCAAAGAAGGCGUUCGAGAAGGCGACACGACCGCCACGUUUUGCGGCACUCCGAACUAUAUCGCGCCAGAAAUAUUGCGGGGUGAAGAUUAUAGUUUCUCUGUAGAUUGGUGGGCGCUUGGAGUACUGCUGUAUGAAAUGCUUGCAGGUCGCAGCCCGUUUGAUAUCGCGGGCGCGUCCGAAAAUCCAGAUCAGAACACCGAGGACUAUCUGUUCCAAGUUAUUUUACAGAAGACGAUUCGGAUACCGAGGUCGUUGUCGGUCAAAGCAGCUUCUGUCCUAAAAGGUUUCCUUUGCAAAAAUCCCAACGAAAGAUUAGGCUGCGGCAAAAGGCCAACUGCUUUUCUAGAUAUCGUUGCUCAUCCCUUCUUCAAAGCGAUCGACUGGGAAAUGUUGGAGCAGAAACAAGUUACGCCACCUUAUAAACCGCGUUUGAACUCUGACCGUGACCUAGCUAAUUUCCCGCCAGAGUUUACAGACGAACCGGUACAUUUGACGCCGGACGAUCCGAGAGUGAUCGAUAAAAUCGAUCAGAGUGAAUUUGAGGGCUUCGAGUACGUGAACCCGUUACUUAUGUCUCUGGAAGACUGCGUGUGACAAGAACCGCUUGUUAUUGUGCAACAUCACAAUCAAAAUCAGCAACAAUUACAGCAGUGUUACAUGUAUGAGUUACAAGACAAACUUGCGAAGCUUCGAAUCGAUCCUCUGUUUAACAUCGGCUCGAGAAGCCGCGG